GUCCUUUUGUAUAUUUCAUAAAUAUCACAAAAUCAUAUCCUACACGUUUAGCAAAUCAAACAAUUAUAUAUUAUUCUGACCAUUACACGUCUAACAUGUUUGGGGAAUCAAGCAGCCCGGAGGAUCCGUCGUUAUAUUUAUUCUUACGUAGUCAACCAAUUAACACGGUUCCCUCUCUCAUUCGACAGGCUGUGUGGCAUGGCAAUAUCAUAGAUAUCUUCUGGCCAGAAGCAACUCUUUUGUUAUAUAUUAUUAUCCUAUUUAUGGAGUUUGAUGUGUUGUACCCUUGAAGAUCGUUUUCUCCCAAAAUAGUUGGGUUGAAUAUGAUUUAGUGUCUGACAUGCCAUGUUCCACUUUCCAUGUUUCAACUGCUCUUCAAAUCAAACCCGAUUCUUGGUAAACUAUCUUGUUUGAAGCAGACAAGAACUACACAAAAUAGGUACUUACUUCCAACUGUAAGAAGUAAGAACCCUCGUUGAUUCCAGCCGCAAUCAUUGAAUCUUUUCUCCAAAUCAUAGAGAAUCUCUCCAAACACUGCACCAUUUUUUAAUUUUUUUUUCAACGCUCACCCAAUUUCUUUUUAUUCAUUUAUUUUCUUGUUUUGUUCAGAGUUGAUCCAUGCUCGUGGGACUUCGCAUUAAGACCUCUAACUUCUGCCCAUAUCGUGAAGCCCCCACUUGGGUUGUGAUCAUUUCUCUAUAUAACUUCUUCUGUAACGUAGAAUAUUUUUGGGAAUAUUUUUUUUUCCAAUAAUGACAAAGCCUCAAAUAGCUCGAGAUGAAAAUGGUAAUGUUGGUGAUGAGGAGGUUCGCUCUCAGUGGGCUGAUAUUGAGAGAUUACCAACGUUUGAAAGGAUCACUACUGCUCUGUUCUGGAGCAGAGAUAAACAAGGAAGGAGAAACGAGAGACGAGUCAUGGAUGUUUCUAAACUUGAAGAUCUUGAUAGACAUCUCUUUAUUGAUGAGCUCAUUAGACAUGUUGAGGAUGAUAACCUCAGGUUAUUGCAGAAAAUCAAAAACAGAAUCGAUGAGGUUGGUCUUGAGUUACCGACGAUUGAAGUGAGGUUCAGUGAUCUUUUUGUGGAAGCAGAGUGUGAGGUAGUUUAUGGAAAGCCCAUCCCAACUCUUUGGAAUGCUAUUGCAAGCAGAAUAUCUAGAGUCAUGUGUUUAAAGAAAGAAAAAAACAUAAGCAUCUUGAAUGGCGUCAGUGGUAUCGUAAGGCCUAAGAGAAUGACUUUGUUGCUUGGUCCUCCUAGUUGUGGUAAAACCACUCUGCUACUCGCACUAGCUGGAAGACUCGACCAUUCUUUGAAGACUACAGGAAACGUUAGUUACAACGGUCACUUAUUAUCAGAGUUUGUUCCUGAAAAAACAUCAAAUUAUGUAAGUCAAAAUGAUCUACACAUUCCAGAUAUUACUGUGAGAGAGACACUCGAUUUUUCAGGAUGUUUUCAAGGCACAGGAAACCGUUUAGAAACUAUGAAAGAGAUUAGUAGAAGGGAGAAACUCAAAGGAAUAGUUCCGGAUCCUGAUAUAGAUGCAUACAUGAAGGCAGCUUCUAUUGAAGGUUCAAAAACUAAUCUGCAAACUGAUUAUAUCCUAAAGAUCCUAGGACUCAGUCUCUGUGCAGAUACACGCGUUGGAGAUACUUCAAGACCAGGAAUAUCUGGUGGCCAAAAGAGAAGAUUAACUACAGGUGAGACAAUCGUAGGUCCAAUCAAAACUCUGUUCAUGGAUGAAAUAUCCAAUGGUUUGGACAGCUCAACAACGUUCCAGAUUGUAUCUUGUCUCCGACAUUAUGCACUUCUGUCUGAAGGAACCAUAGUGGUUUCACUGCUUCAGCCUGCACCAGAAACGUUUGAGCUUUUCGACGAUGUGAUUCUUAUGGGAGAAGGAAAGAUAAUCUACAUUGGUCCAAGGGAUUAUAUUUGUAGAUUCUUUGAGGAUUGUGGAUUUAAAUGUCCAACAAGAAAAUCUGUUGCUGAAUUUCUUCAGGAGGUUAUCUCAAGGAAAGAUCAAGAACAGUAUUGGUGUCACAUAGACAAACCAUAUUGUUAUGUCUCCAUUGACUCAUUUAUUGAGAGGUUCAAAAAGUCUGAGCUUGGGUUACAACAACAAGAGGAACUCUCCAAGACACAUGACAAGUCUCAGGCUCAGAAAGAUGCUUUAUGCUCAAGUAAAUACUCACUUAGUAACUGGGAGAUGCUAAAAGCUUGCUCAAGGAGAGAGUUCCUUCUGAUGAAAAGAAACUCUUUUGUUUAUGUAUUCAAGUCUGGACUCUUGAUUUGCAUUGGAUCUAUUACAAUGACCGUUUAUCUAAGGACUGGGUCUAAAAGAGAUCUAGUGCAUGCUAAUUAUCUUAUGGGUUCUUUGUUCUUUUCAAUCUUUAAAAUGCUUGCCGAUGGACUUCCAGAACUAACACUAACAAUCUCAAGGCUUUCAGUGUUCUACAAGCAGAAAGAGUUGUACUUUUAUCCUGCUUGGGCAUAUGCAGUUCCUUCAGCUAUUUUAAAGAUACCCAUUUCAUUUCUUGAAGCAUUUCUCUGGACCUCGUUGACAUAUUAUGUCAUUGGUUAUAGUCCUGAUAUUGGCAGGUUUUUUCGCCAGUUCUUGAUCUUCUUUGCUUUACACCUUUCAUGUAUAUCAAUGUUCCGUGCUAUAGCUGCCACCUUUCGAGAUUUCGUUCUUGCCACAACAGUUGGAACAGUCUCUGUAGUGCUUCUCUCAUUAUUUGGAGGAUUCGUCCUUCGGAAACCGUCCAUGCCUGCUUGGCUUCAGUGGGGUUUCUGGUUGUCUCCGUUGUCAUAUGCUGAGAUUGGUCUAACCACAAAUGAAUUUUUCUCGACACGGUGGAGUCAGACAACAUCUGGAAACAGAACGUUAGGGGAAGAAGUUCUUGAUGCUCGAGGUCUGAACUUUGGUGAUCAAUCUUACUGGAGUGUAUUUGGUGCUUUAAUUGGCUUCGCAUUCUUCUUCAAUAUUGUAUUUGUACUGGCUUUGACAUUUCUAAAGACUUCAAAUAGGUCUCGUGCGAUUGUGUCUGGUGAUGAUAACACUCAAAGUUCUGGAAGCCAUAAUAAGUCUAGUUCUAAAAUUGCUUCCCAGUCCAAAAAUGCAUUACCUUUCAAACCCCUAACUUUCACAUUUCAAGACGUCUGUUAUUUCGUCCAAACUCCUCAGGGCAAGAAGGUGCAGCUUCUCUCUAACGUUACAGGCGCAUUCAAGCCUGGUGUUCUCACUGCUCUAAUGGGUGUGAGUGGUGCUGGUAAAACGACUCUGAUGGAUGUUCUUUCUGGAAGGAAAACACGCGGUGACAUUGAAGGAGAGAUCCAAGUAGGUGGUUACCGUAAGGUUCAAGAAACAUUUGCAAGGGUUUCAGGUUACUGUGAGCAAUUUGAUAUUCACUCUCCUAAUUUAACCAUAGAGGAGUCCUUGGAAUACUCUGCUUGGCUUCGACUUCCUUCUACCAUCAACUCAGAAACAAAAAGGGCAAUAGUCAGGGAAGUUCUUGAGACGAUAGAGCUGGAGGACAUUAAAGAUUCCCUAGUAGGACUUCCUGGAGUUAGCGGUUUAACAACAGAACAACGCAAGAGACUAACUAUAGCUGUGGAGCUGGUUGCCAAUCCUUCAAUCAUAUUCAUGGAUGAACCAACCACAGGAUUAGAUGCAAGAGCUGCUGCGAUUGUGAUGAGAGCUGUGAAGAACAUCACAGAGACUGGCAGAACUGUUGUUUGCACCAUUCACCAACCGGGAACUGAUAUCUUUGAAGCUUUUGAUGAGCUGGUUUUGAUGAAAAAUGGAGGAAGGAUUAUCUAUCAUGGACCUCUUGGACAACAUUCAAGCAAUGUUAUUGAAUACUUUAUGAGAAUUCCUGGAGUUCCGGAAAUGAAAGAGAACACUAAUCCAGCAACUUGGUUACUAGACAUUACUUCUAGAUCAUCAGAAGACAAACUUGGUGUUGAUUUGGCUCAAAUCUACAAGGAAUCUUCUUUGUUUAAGGAGAACAACAUAGUAAUAUUGCAAAUGAGAGGUACAUCUUCAGAAACACAAGAACUAACCUCCUCGACGCGAUAUGCUCAAACCGGUUGGGAACAGUUCAAGGCAUGCUUAUGGAAACAACAACUCUCUUAUUGGAGAAACCCUUCCUACAAUCUCACUCGCAUCCUCUUCAUGUGUUUUACCUCUGUGAUCUGUGGCGUUUUGUUCUGGCAAAAGGCUAAGAAAAUAAACACUCAACAAGAUCUUUUCAAUGUAUUGGGCUCAAUGUACACGGUGGUUCUUUUCACUGGAAUGAACAAUUGCUCAACAGUGUUGUUCUGCAUUGCAACCGAAAGAAAUGUCUUCUACCGCGAAAGAUUUUCUCAAAUGUACACCUCAUGGGCGUACUCCCUUGCACAGGUGUUGGUUGAGAUUCCAUACUCAUUAGUCCAGUCUAUAUUAUGUGUGGUAAUCUUGUAUCCUAUGGUUGGCUAUUACUUCUCGGUGUACAAAGUGUUCUGGAGCUUCUAUGCAGUCUUCUGCACGUUGCUCAUUUACAACUACUUUGGCAUGCUUUUAGUCGUCAUCACCCCAAACAUUCACGUUGCUUUUACUCUCCGUUCGGGUUUCUACUCAAUGGUCAAUCUCUUCGCCGGUUAUGUCAUUCCAAAACCUAGCAUUCCGAAAUGGUGGAUAUGGAUGUAUUACUUGAGCCCUACGUCAUGGGUUUUGAAUGGAUUGCUCACAUCUCAGUAUGGUGAUAUGGAGAAAGAGGUAAUAGCAUUUGGAGAGAAGAAGAAGGUUUCAGAUUUCGUGGAAGAUUAUUUUGGUUUCAGAUAUGAUUCUUUGGCUCUUGUAGCUAUCGUUCUCAUUGCCUUCCCCAUUCUCUUGGCUUCUCUUUUCGCAUUCUUCAUCGGUAAACUCAAUUUCCAAAAGAAGUGAUUUACUCUAAAUGUUUCGUUGGUAGGUUUAGUAAUGUUUUGGAAUUUAGAAAAUAAAUUAGUUAAAGCUUUCUAAAUCUGUCAUAGUUGUGCCUUAAAAAAAACAACGGCUCAGUAUGUAAACAUUCAAAGAGAAAAGUGACUCACAUGAAGAAAAAAAAAAGAACUCAAAACUUUGAAUGGAGUAUGAGAAACUUCAAUGCCUGCACAAUCAUAUAUACAGAGCAAUGAUUUAUAGUAGGCUUCCGUUGGCAAAUGCAGUUCACAGGUUCAGUAUGAAGAAGAGUGUAUUGGCAUUUAGAAAACUCAGGUUCAGUAGAUUUAGUAAGCAAAACGUUUUUGGAACCCUUUGGUAAUGGUACACAAUCAUAUUUCAAAAUGGAGAGAAGAGACUUACAUGUCCUUAGCUUUUUGCCAGAAGAGAAGGCCACAUAACGUAGAGUUGAGGAACAUGAAGACUAUGUGAGUAAGAUUAUGAGAAGGGUUUCUCCAAUACGAGCAAUGUUGUUUCCAAAGGCAAGCCUUUAGGUGAAACAACACAACUCCUGAUUAGAAUAGGUGUAAAAACAUUAAAACAUAUCGGAAUGAGUUUAACUAGGAAAGCUCUUACAGACGUAUUUAUGCAAGUUAAGCUGUGGCAAAAGAAUGUAAAAGGAUUCAAAAUAAUACUAACUGUUGUCCUAUGCAAUUGAUAUUAUUCUACACUUUCAAAAUUUAAAUUAAAUGUAUGACGUCAGAAAAAAAUUGCCAAGAAAAGAAAAACAAUGUUUUGGCUACACUAGCAAUAGUUGCAUGAUUGCAUUAUAAUUUUGUAAACCCAAACGGCUAAUUUCAUCAAAAGUCUUUCUCAUUUCAUGUGUUCACAUUUACACCAGCCAACGGUAACCAAAGAGGCUUGACACUGAUAUUUGAAGUUUGGCAAACGACAAAGAGCAAAAUUGGAAAAAUCUUCCAAAAAUAUUACUUUACUCUAAAGCAUUUCUUACGUAUAUUUACCAUUUUAAACAGGAGUAAUAUUUUACAAAUAUACUAUCUACCACUCUAAAACAUUACCUACGC